CAGUCAGUCAGCUGGACCUCUGUGCUCCAUUUUCCCUCCACAGAGACGCCAAACGUCCUGACGAGACACAACAAAGACGACGAGGAGACGGAAAUGCUGCCGUCCACAGCAGUAACUCUGAGUCUCUGGACUCUGCUGGUUGCUUCUGCAUUGAUCCAGUGUUCAGUGUUUGUGGACGAGCCGACUGCCGGUCAGUACCUUCACUCCUCCACCAGGAGGCGGCGAGCUAACUCCCACCUCCUGGAGGAGAUACUGCCUGGAGACCUGGAGAGGGAGUGUUACGAGGAGAGCUGCUCUCAGGAGGAAGCCGCUGAAAUCUUCCAGACCCAGGAGAAGACGCUGGAGUUCUGGUUCAGAUACACCAAUCUGAACCCCUGUCGGACCAACCCCUGUCUGAAUGGAGGCAUCUGCACUCUGGACCGAGGCGACUUCAUGUGUCUCUGCCCUCCUCAGUACCACGGAAAGACCUGCGAGUCAGAGGUGUCGGAGUGUCGCUAUAGAAAUGGUGGUUGUUUGCAGUACUGCAGAGACCUGCCAGGUGGAGCUGGAGUUCAGUGUGGCUGCGCUGAUGGAUUCAAACUGGACUCUGAUGGACAAAGAUGCUCUGAGGAUGUGAAGUUCCCCUGCGGUCGUCAACAGAUGGAGGCCCUGUUCAGCAGUCGCUCUCUGUUUAGUCCUUGGGAAUUGGACAAUGUCACCAUGGAGAUGGACGUCAUGUUGGAUGACAACAUCACAGACAGCCAGGUGCCUGAACUCAACACGACAGAAGCGACGAAAGAACUGAGGACUGUGAACGCAACAUUUGGGAACCAAACAGAACCGGGACAAGACAUAUCCCCUCGUGUUGUUGGUGGACUCCUGGAGAGGCGAGGAGGAAGCCCCUGGCAGGUUCUGAUCCACAGGCAUGAUGGUUUUGGUUUCUGUGGAGGGACUCUGGUUUCUGAUCGAUGGGUUGUUUCUGCGGCUCACUGCUUUACAGAAAUGGCAGACUACAUUACUAUAGGCGACUACGACAAGAAGCGUCCUGAUCCAGGAGAGCAGGUGAUAAAGAUCCAGGAGGUCAUCGUUCAUCCUUACUUCCACUCCUUCACCUUUGACAGUGACAUCGCUCUGGUCUACCUCGCCCAGUCGGUGGUCAGGAGUCCCACCGCGACCCCUGCCUGCCUUCCCGAUAUCCACCUCUCCAAAUACCUGCUGCAGGAGGGAAAUCGAGGGAUGGUCACCGGUUUCGGUGCCACUAAGUACAUGGGUCGAUCCUCCAGGUUCCUGAGGAAGGUGACGCUCCCGGUAGUGACGUACCAGGACUGCAUCGCCACCACUGAACAGGUCAUCACAGACAACAUGUUCUGUGCAGGUUACCUGGACGUUAGUGUGGACGCCUGCAGUGGAGACAGUGGAGGGCCGUUUGUAGUUCACUACAGAGGAACCUGGUUUCUGACUGGAAUUGUCAGCUGGGGAGAGAAAUGCGCCGCCAGGGGGAAGUACGGAGUUUAUACCCGCCUGGGGAACUACCUUAGCUGGAUCAGAGACACCAUGGAGAGGCAGGACCUGAACAGUACCAGGAGCUGAAGAAGAGGUGGACUUCAAAAACUGUCCUGUUUUAGAGGACUGGACUUGAAGAGUGAAGCUGAAGAAGCUGCAUGAAAAAACCUCAAACCUGAGUCUAGUGUGAUCUCAACAGCAUCAAAGAGAGGAAUCUGAAUGUAGAAUACGGAAAGUUAUCAUGGAUCAACAAGCACAUUUUAGCUGCAUUGUUUUUGUACUCGCGUUUUUUAUGACAUACUAUGAUGUUUUCUGCAACAUACUUUACUAUGACUUUUUUCCGAUAUAGUAUACCAUGACGUGUUCAUUUUAUCAAGGACAUAUACUUAAAUUCACAAAAGCGAUAACAGUUGACCAUGUCACCAAAAAACAUCAUUGUAAACUACGUUCCAAAAGGAAAAUACUAUAGUAUUCCAAAAGGUUUCAUUAUAUAGUGUGUUGCAAAGGACGUCAUAGUAUAAUAUGUGGAAAACAUCAUCGGAAAAAAUGUCUUCAAUAUGCAUUGUUCAAUAGUAGUAAAAAAAGACAAUAAUGACAAUGCUUGUUCCAUUAUAGCCAGAAAAAAAACUUUUCUUGCUAAACCACACAUAAAAAUCAUUGAAUACUGUUGUUUGUUUUUUUACACUAAUGUUAGAUAAUGAUACUGCCACCACCAUGCUUCACAUCAUGAUGUAUAUUAUGAUAUUAUACUUUGCAGUAUGACAGUGACAAACAGUACUUCAACUAUAUUUCCUUGAUAAUGUGAACUUGACAGUUACUGAAGUUUUAAAUAAAUGCUUGUCAACCUUAAUACAACUCAA